AUGUCUGAGAAGUCGACACAAUCGGAUCUGGAGAAUGGCGUUGAUACCCAACCACAGUACGACACCUCCCAAUCUGUGUCUUGGUUCCGCCUGGUACGCGAUCAGGCUCUGAUCACUCCCGCCGUUCUGAACUGGCCAUAUGCAGGUUCCGGCACCGAAGAAGAUCCUUAUGUCGUCGUUUGGAUAGACAACGAUCCUCGCAAUCCGAUGACAUGGGCAGAUUGGAACAAGUGGUGCCUCGUCGCUCUGGUUUCGAUCGCCACUCUGGCCGUAGCGUUCGUGUCGAGUGCCUAUACUGGAGGUCUCAGCGAGGUCAUCGCGCGAUUCCACACGAGCGAGUUGAUUGUGACUCUGGGCGUGUCGCUUUUCGUCCUCGGUUUCGCAAUUGGCCCUUUGAUGUGGGCGCCCAUGUCCGAAAUCUUUGGCCGACAAGUACUGUUCAUUGGAACGUAUGCUGCUCUCACGGCUUUCAACGCCGGAGCUGCAGGAGCGCAGAAUAUCACGACGCUUCUGCUCAUGCGAUUCUUUGCGGGUUCUUUCGGUUCGUCGCCGUUGACUAAUGCCGGUGGUAUCAUCGCAGACAUGUUCGACGCCGACCAGCGUGGUUUGGCCAUGACCUUUUUUGCUUCAGCACCUUUUCUGGGCCCCGUGAUUGGUCCCAUCGUCGGCGGUUUUGCCGGAGAGACUAUUGGCUGGCGUUGGGUAGAAGGCAUCAUGGCAAUCUUUACCGGCGUUCUUUGGGUUGCCGGGUCUCUACUCAUCCCUGAGACAUAUGCUCCGGUCCUCCUCCGCAAGCGAGCACGCGCUCUUGAGAAGGCCAACCCAGGAAAAGUGUACAAAUCUAGAGCCGAGAUCACAUCUGGGCCGACUCAAUUUUCGAAAGUCUUCAGCACCGCACUCAUCCGACCUUGGAAACUGUUGUUCGGGGAGCCGAUCGUUCUCCUUCUCAGCAUUUACAUGGCAAUCAUCUACGGAACACUUUACUUGCUCUUCGCCGCGUUUCCCAUCGUCUACCAACAGAAGCGCGGAUGGUCUCCAGGCAUUGGUGGUCUUGCGUUCUUAGGUGUCGCGGUAGGCAUGCUGAUGGCCAUCGUCUACUGCCUAUGGGACAACAAACGAUACAAGCGAGUCGCAGCUUCGUGCGGCGGGUUUGCUCCCCCUGAAGCCCGUCUGCCCAUGUCUAUGGUAGGAGCUUGCGCACUCCCAAUCGGUCUCUUCUGGUUCGCAUGGACCAACAGCCCCAGUAUCCACUGGAUGGCUUCAAUAGCCGCAGGCGCGCCCUUUGGCUUCGGCAUGAUUCUGGUCUUCCUCGGUGUGAUGAACUAUCUCAUCGACGCCUAUACCAUCUAUGCGGCCAGCGCUCUUGCUGCGAAUUCAGUGUUGAGAAGCCUGUUCGGUAUGGCGUUUCCGCUGUUCACCUCUUACAUGUAUGCCAAUCUGGGCAUCCAUUGGGCCAGCACUAUCCCGGCCUUUCUUUCGCUCAUGUGUGUACCUAUGCCGUUCUUAUUCUAUAAGUUUGGCCCCAAGAUUCGCGAAAAGUGUAAGUUCGCUGCCGAGUCGGCUGCAUUCAUACAAAAAAUGAGAGGUGGUUAG